CGCUGUCUCGGCCGUGCUGUCACGACUGUCACGGCUGUCAUGUCAGGAGCUGAAUAUCCGACGCUCCCACAACAACAACAACAUCAUUGCGAACUCGCAACCGCAUGUUGGCAUAUCUAGAUCGCUCUGUUGCUCGUCAUUUGCUGAAAGCAACAGAUGCUAAGCAGCCCCGUUGUUAUGUCGUUACUGUGGAGCAGGACGCGCAUCACUCAACAGACCGGAAAAUGCGAUCGUCCAUCACUGAACAUCGCCAUUUCCGCCCAAUUCUCGAUCCACGAUCCCAUCUGUUGGUGAUCUCUCCGCCAUACUUUUUCGAUGGGCCGAGACUACAUCGCUAUUCAACGUAUUACCAUCUCGUAGGAAUAUGUAUAUACGUUAUUAUUGAAGCUGUUUUGUAUCCGAUCGUCAUAUUCAAGCAGUCCAGCCCUUUGUUUACAUACCGAACCGUCAACAACACACUUCGUUCGGCACACACCUAGACCUACCAAACAUCCCAAUCUGUCCGAUUCUCCCAGAUCGACAUCUGUCCCUGGCCUGGCUAAUUAGGGCAGCUAGCUAGCAUAAGCUUCUCGUAGAGAAAAAAACAAACUAAAAAAACAACAUACACUUACUUGUUCCUCGGCCCCAGAUUCUCUAGUAUCGCGCCACCCACUCUUAUUCCCUCGGGUCCAUCACUCACGACGACG